UUCUCUGGAAAGCGUGGGUCUCGUCUCAGCUCAGUAACGCAGCUGGCAGGGUGUUGUUUAAUAGUUCGGAAAUGUCCUCUCUCCUAAUAGAUGAAUUUGUGGCGAACUGUCCAAACUCGGACACAAUUUUAGACUCGUUCCUCUGGCCACCAGAUACGUGGCCAGAUCUGGAGAGGGUUGAGGCUGCUCACAUGUUGCUGGAAGCAUUGAACGCCAGAUGCAGGGAGGAGGAGAAUAGGAAUGAGUUGCUAUCGACCAAAGUAAGAGCCCUGAUAUGGGAGAGGUGUAUACCGCUUUUAGUUCAAAUGUCAGAAAAUGCCUCGCAUAAAAGCGAGUCCGGGGCAAAGAUAUUUAAUUCACUCUGUCGCUUACUGGGCAGUUGUCUAGCGCUCCUCCACGACUCCAAAGAAGUAGAGAAACUCACUGCCAUCACUCUGUCGGUUUUUACCAGUUUAGAAGGGGACGAUGGCAUUCACAUCAAGGGCCAGUUUGACAUGGAUAUAGCAGUGGAGAUUCUGGCGAUCCUGUUACCUUUAUUACCAGGCGACCAGGACUUGUUAUCAAAGUUGACACCCUGCAUCCUCUCCGCAGUGAAAGUUCUGUCGGGUGAUGCGCAGGUGUCCAAAAUCCUGGUGCGUGUUUUAUUUACACUUUUGCACUGCGUCGACGACAGAAGCAGAGCAGACAUCCUCCUGCGAAUAUGGCAGGACUUGUGCUUUUGGCAUCAGAACGAAAACAACGCCCAUGCAGUCACAUCUCGGGCACUGCUGUGCCUCACUGCCGUGUCAGACUAUCUGUUUCCCCCCAGCGAAACGGCCCUUAGGCCUACUACCACUCCUCACAGUACCGGACUCCCAGACCCCAGAUGCUCACUGUCCUUUUGGACUGUCAUUCAGGCUGGACUAACCCACAGAGAUAAUGUGGCUCGCAAGAGGGCUCUGUACCUGCUGAAGAAGUGUGUUGCCCAGUCUGAGAUGGAGAAUAGCGACUUGGGAUCACCUACAUCCCCAGAUGGAGAGGUGUGUUUAUUCAGGUGGGUGCCCAGCAAGAGUAAAGAGCUACAGACCUUUUGGCAGGACUAUGUGCUUAUCAUGGAGACACUGGAGGAAAAUCAGAUCCAUGUGGUGCGUCCCGUGCUGAACCGAAUCAACACACUGAUUGAGGCGACAGUGAUGGAGGAGAGCGGUGGUGGUAUGGUGCAUGCUUGCUGGCUGCAGUGUGUGUAUGAGCGCCUGCUCCAGAGUGAGAACAAGGCGGUGAUGAGAGAGGGGGUACACCACCUACUCGACCUACAGAUACUCAACACCACUACCUUCGCCAACACCUUCUCACAGUUCAUUGUUGGUCCCUUCAUGGAUGUCUUGUCCGAGAGCUCACUCUACCAAAGGACGGCCAAUCAGCUCAUAGGGGAGUGUCCUGAAGUGGGGUUGAAGCUGCAGACCUUCAUGCUGAACUUCUUCAGCAGUUUGUCACAGGAGAGGAAAGGCCCUGUGCUGCUGCAGCUGAUCAAGAGGCUAGGAUCUCGCCACUGGUGUGCCGUGCCCCUGCUUUUCUUCUCCCAGGCCCUAGCUGCUCUGCCUGUCUGCCCCCUUCUGGGGCCUGAUGGACUCCUAGCACUACGGGAGGUGUUGCGCUGUACCAUGAUCACUCACCAGGUGCUGUUGCGCGGUUCUGCCCAGUGCUUCCUGCUCCACAGCGCCCUCUGCCAGACUGAUGUGCAGUCAGUGAGUCUGGAGGAGGUCUUUAGCUUCCUCAUCCACUUCCGACCAGACGAAUCUCUCUCUCGAGGCACUGCCCUGUGGAACGAGGUGUGUGAGUGGUUUGUGAAGCAUGAGAGCGCCUUCAGGCCUGGUGUGGGGAGCUCAGAUGCUGGGAUCCUACUGGAGGGACAGCUAACCAGCUCACUGCAGAGAUACGCCUGGCACAGACUGGAUGCCUUUCUCACUGUACCUGCCAGCACAGAGCAGACAGAGAGGCUACAAGACAGCGGGGAGGCAGAGCUGCUGGCCCUGACCGUGCUUCUGUGUGCUGACGUGGAGGAGAGAAGACAAGGAGAAGGAAAAGGAGAAGGAGGAGAGGAGGGAGCUGCCCAGUGCACUCUAGAGCGCCUCCUGGUGGGCUGGUUGGAGGUACUGCGGCGCCUCAGCACCAGCCUCUACCUGCCGCUAUGCAAGAGCGACAAGAGUCUCCAGCUCCUCGUACACCUGCUGCAGCUACGCAGGAGACGAGCUGCAGGCACAGAGGCCAACACAGAUGAUGCUGUAUCGGGAGCCGUGCGGACGCUAGUCCUGAGUGUGGUGGAGUCCGUACAGGGCUACAUCUCCCGCAGGCUAAGUGGGGAACUGCAAGAGGUGUGUGACGUGGAGAGGGCCGAUCUGUACCUGUGUGUGUUGCGGGAGCUGAUGCUGGAGUUUGGGAGCGUGGCUUGGUACCGUGGCAACCUGGAGCACAGCUUCCUGCCCGCCCUCUCUGCCACCAGCCUCCGGAUACUCAAGGAACCCUCAGAACAGGUGCCUUCUGUGUGUGGGCAGGUGCAGAGGGCAGUGGCGAUGGCAGUGCUCUCCCUGGUGUGUGAAGUGACCGCCAGCGAAACUUCCCUCACACACUCCCAGCCUCCCUCCUCCACAUACACUCCGGUUCCAGACACACACACAAGACACACUCCGAGACAUCGGUUCUCUCUGCCCCUCUCCCCCCUGAGAGAAUACUUUUCACUACCUCAGCACCUCAACCAGGCCCUGCUCAAACCCAUCCUCACCUCCAGUGAUGAAGAGGUUCCUCUGUUGAGAGACUGGGGCCGAGUGGCGGCUCGCUACAUCAGCGACCAGUGGAGCUGCCGAGGGCUCCUGCAGCGUGCAGUGGGCCCGGGGCCUAGUGUGAAGGCGGAGGGCGAUAAGGAGGUCCAGGGGUCCCGCGUGGCCCUAGAAGCCGCGGUGGAGGCCCUCUCCCUGUUGCCUAGCGACCUGGUGCUCCCCGUUCUGGACUACAUGGCCCUUCUGCUGCCUCAUAUGGUGCUGCAGGAGGAGGGUGUGUGUGUGGAGGCGGUGCGUUUGAGCUGGAGAGUGGUGCAGGCUCUGAGUGGUAAUGCCCAUGACUUCUGGCCCGCGCUGCAUGCCUUCAUACGCCUGGCCUUCCACCGAGACAUACUGGAGCUCGGCAAAGACCAGGCGCCUGCACUCACCAGUGCUAUACAACAGAUUGUGUGUGAGCUGAUGGAGCUGUCUGAGGUACGUUCCGGCGUGUUCAAUGUGCUGAUUGGCCACUGCUGCCAAACCUGGAUGCCCUCUGACCUUGGAAGUGAUCGUGGAGACGCCAUAAGAGGAAGUGAUAGUGGCCAGGGUGGUGGUGGUGAUGAUGAUGAUGAUGAUGAGCGUUUCUCCAGCGCUGUCUCCCACUUGGACAUCCUGACCAGGGCGUGUUUGCAUGGACCGGUGUUCCGCAGAGACCAGAGGCUGAUACAGGAGGUGCAGAUGUACGUGGAGCAACUUGGGGAACAGUGUGCUGCUAAUGUAGCCGUCACCAGUGAUAACAGGGACGAGCAGUUCCCACGCGUGUGUGUCCUGGCCUUCCUCAGCCACCUCAAACCGACCAAUCAGAAGCACCGACAGCUCAUGGAGGAGCUUGCACUGCGCCUCAUAGAGAAGGACAGAGCAAUAGCCAGAUCUAAGACUCGUUACUAUAGCAACUCUCUGCAGCACCGCAUCAGGAACCGGGUGUGGCAGAGCCUGCUGGUGCUGCUGCCCAAACUACACAGGGAGUUUGUGGUAGGCACGCUGCUGGCCUAUGCGUGUGAGGCGGGUUUCAGCAGUAACCAGGCGUCAGUCAAGUACCUGAUAGAGUGGAGUCUACUGCUCAUACUACACACACACCCCACACACACGCACACCUUCUGGGACUGCUUCGAUGGGGAGCAUGAGAAGACCAAGACGAGUAUCUGUACCUUCCUGUCUGUGCUGGUGCACAUGGAGACCCUGCUGCCCAGACUGGAGGACAAGCUCUGUCAGUGGCGUCGCGCUCUGGAGGUGUCUCUGCAGUGGUGUUUCAGCCAUAACUUCAGCGUGCGGCUGUACGCCCUGUUGGCCCUGAAGAGGGUGUGGGGGCUGGAGGGCCUGAGGGAGGAGGCCCGGAGGAGAGGCCCGGGCCAGGAGGAGGAGGGGGCCACCGACCCUCUGGGGGGGCUGGCUACUGUCAUCCAGGCCUGUCUGGCUCAGGCCGAGACCGCACAGAACACCGGCAAUGCUCUGAGGAACUGGUCCAGGAUACAGGAGCAUUUCUUCUUCAGUGUCUUCCACCCGAUCAAGGACUACAGUCUAGAGACUAUCUUCUACUCCUUCCCGCGUCUGUCUGACCUGGCGGAUGAUGAGUGGAUCCCAGUGUGGAAGUUUUCCAAGAUGGCCGCCCUCCCAAUGGACUCCUCUCCUCCUCUCAGCAACCCCACGCCUCAACUCAGCCGCAUGCAGCCCGGCGACUGGGUGCAGCAGGACAGAGGUGAGCAGGAGCAGGAGGAGCGCUGGUCUGAGGUCCAGAAGAAGGUGACCGCCUGGCGUCUGAGCUUCCUGGAGGAGGAGCCGCACAUGGCUGCCCAGCAGAGGGCGCUGCGACUGGGGAAACACACGGCCAGCGCACUGCUAGUGGUGGCAUCACUCAUAGACAAACCCACCAACCUCGGAGGCUUGUGCCGUACCUGUGAGAUCUUUGGAGCGAGUGGCCUGGUGUUGGACAGUCUUCGCCAUGUCAGUGACAAACAGUUCCAGGCUCUCAGCGUCUCCUCAGAACUGUGGCUACCUAUAAUGGAGGUUCGUCCGGGUGAGCUGUCGAGUUUCCUCCAGCUGAAGAAGGCUGAGGGUUACAGCAUAGUUGGGGUGGAACAGACGGCCAACAGCCACAAGCUACAAGACUACACCUUCCCACAGAAGACACUGCUGCUACUCGGGAAUGAGCGGGAGGGCAUCCCAGCCCCGCUGCUGCAGCUGCUGGACGUUUGUGUGGAGAUCCCCCAGGAGGGAGUGACGCGCUCCCUCAAUGUGCACGUGAGCGCCGCUCUGCUGGUGUGGGAGUACACGCGCCAGCACCUGCACUCCAGCACCACUCAAGCAGUGGCUCAGUGAAAACACCAGAGAACUUACUUCUACUAUUGAGACCAGUGCCACACAUACAGUGAACAGAGCUUGGCCCCAGAACCAUGGAAGUAAGAGCUAAUCCCAUUGACCUCAGUGUUUUAUUUUUACGCAGCAAUGGCGGCCUCUGGAGCCUUUGACACACAGCCAUUGUCGUAGCCAUCACCACAUUGACAUACUGUAGUUCCGAAAUAGUUCCAGGAAGUGUGUCGAACACAGAAAGUGCAGUGAAGGUAAAUGUAAUUUAUUUUACUUUGUCUUUGCUUGUUAUGUAGUGGUUCUGUGUUGGUCUCCAGCAGAAAAAUGAGAAUGAUAGAAUGAUUUCAAUGUAUGAUUGGAAUCAUGUCACCAACUCACUUCCUGUACCCCAGUUGUCACAACUCUGAAUCCCAUGGCUAUGGCUCGGUCCCGCAUGAGCCUGCCCCUGCCCCACCCCCUUGUAGAAACCACCAGUGAAUUUGCCGCUACUGAGCUCCAGUGCCAAACAUACAGUGAACAUAACUCGCCCCAGUGAGCCCUGCCCCAUCCCCAUCUCCUUCCAGUGUGCCAGUGAAGCUGCCCCACUUGGUUCCAGUGCCUCACUGCCCCUUCUCCUGGCCACACGGGCAACCGGCGAACUUACACUGCAGACAGCCAGCAUCACUAACACCAAUGAACUUGCCUCAGCCGAACUCCAUGACUCUUUCAUUUCUCUCUUUGUCCUUUCUAUAUCCUUCCGUUCUCUCAGUCGCCACCUCCCUUCCUCCCACCCUCCCUCCGUCUCUCCCUCUCUUCUCCCUCUCUCCUCUUUAUUCUUCCUCCCUGUCUUAUCUCCGUUUCUGUCCUGCACCUGUUCGUCCAUAUGAAGGAGGGGGCCUAAUGAUUUGGCCUCUUCAGUCUAAGCGGAACCAUCGCGCAAUUACAUUAGAAUAUUCCACCGUACAUCGACCGGCUCUGACAGAAAACACAGUGUGUGUGUGCGUGCCGUGUGUGCGUGCAGAUGUGCGUACGUACGUUCAUGUGAGUGUGCAUGCGUAUGCCUGUGUACGAAGAGCUAGGACAACUGUUGGCUUGGUUGUCGUGGAAUGUCAUGGACAUUGACAUGAACUGUGAUUUGAUUGCAAUGUCUUACAUUUUCUUUUUAUUUAAAUAACUGAUUAUACGUAAGCUGAAAUGCCUUAUUUUAAAUCAAUAAAGUUGUGUGUAAAAAG